AAGAGUGUGUGUCGGCAUCGAAGACGUCGGAUACCAGUACUGUGGUUCAAACUUCACUGACGCACCAGCAACCAAGGAUGUCCCCAGCACCGUUGGAAACAUGCGGCGGCACCACACAGCAGCAGCAACCCUCUGAAGGGGCCUUGCCUCUUAGGCUGACUUCGGUUGUCGUCCGAGGGUAUGGUCGCGGCAGCACGGAUCUCGGGAUCCCAACGGCGAAUUUGUCGAGGGAAAACAUCAAGCUAAACCUCGUCGGUGUUUCAUUCGACGAUCUUCCCACUGGUGUGUAGCGUGAACUUCGUUUGGAACACAGACUGUUGUCGGGAUAUUGAGGGCUGUGCUUGGUUGCGUUGACUUGCAUUGCAUUUGUGUCGCAUCAUGAACUAACCUCGUUUCUUUCGUACUUUUGGACUGUUCUACCAUAUACGGUGCUCGCCAAUUAUUUCGAAGGGAUAUAUUGGGGAUUUUGCCGCGUGGGUGACAAUCCAACAAUUUUUAAGACCGCCUGUAGCAUAGGAUACAAUCCAUACUAUGGAAACCAGCGCAAAACAGUGGAGCCGCACCUGAUCGCCAGUCCGGGGGACGAGCGACGGUACCAAAGCAGUUGUGGAGAGACCUUGCUGGGAGACUUGUACGACCAACCAAUCCGUCUGUCUCUGCUCGAAUACAUGAGACCAGAACUACCCUUCGAAGGAUUGGAAAAACUCGUUGCAGCGAUCAAGAAAGGUUGGUUUGGUUUUUGAGAGGUGUACUUCCUUCUUUUCGUAGCAAUAAAUUAAUUUUCUGCAACAGUUUCGUUGUACCAUGGCGACUCAUCUGUUCUAAUUUGUUUUCUAUGCGUUUGCGCCUCGUUUGGUCGUGAUGAUAUGACAAUGAUAGAUAUUAUGGAUGCCGAAAGGUUGGGGGAGAAAAAAGAUCCGACAACAAUGGAGGAAAAAGCAUGGGUUGCAUGCGACGAUGAGCCCAUUCCUCAGAGCUGAAAUGAGAUCGUCAAUCUUUACGGCGGAAUGGAAAAACCGCAGAUUGAAUGGUGAUCAAAAUAUCUGGUCUACCGCCUGUUUCUCGAUUGAAAUAGAGUUUUCUGUUCGAAGCGCUUAUUAUUAUUAAAACGAGAGCACCUCGACUUUAUGGUCAUAAGCAUAAACUAGAAGCCAGCAUAUACUCAAGACCCCAGGAACUUUAAUACGGAGAAGCAGACAUUCUACUUCGUGGUUUCCGAAGUUUUCCACCGCCAGAGCGAGGACUUUGCCCUCCGUGCUGUCUCUUUCGAUUUAUAAUUAUUUUGUUUUCUGUCACGGCAUGACCAUUCGCACUAAUUCCCGGUGUUCUUGUGGUCCAUUCGCACAAACGAGCAUCCUCCCCUGCUGUCAAGAACGAYGAUCUUCUGGGGCUUGUAGACCAUGCUCGAAUGACUCCUCGAUGCCCUCCGCGGAGAUGAUGAAUCGGAGUCAAGUCUUGCUCGCCUACGCGGAACACAGCACCGUCUCCCUUUGAAGAUCCAGCGAGUAAUGACAGUUCCUGUUGUCCUGAAUCCCAACUGCAAUCUACUAAGUAUUCUAUCGAAGGAAGCGAAUGAAGAGACGCGUUUUGUGAGCUCCCUGAAACUUGUCGACUAAGAUAUUCCCGAAAUUGAGGACCAAAAUCUUUGCGACACACUGCAUCAUCCUUGUGGUACAACUGUAGGCUUUCUGAUCCUGUCAGGCAGUAAAUUGCGUCCGAUUUG